CAUGGUAUUUUUGGUGAGGGACUGAGCGGUCGUCCGGUGACGCUGCUGUCCCACAUGACAACAAGUUUCUCACAUCUCCCCCUCGCGGUUCAUGAGUUCAGUGAUGGUGGAAAAUGGCGGCUAGAUGAGUCUCUCCACUACUACAGAGAAAAGAAAAAGUGUGUGGAAAAACUCUGGAUAUAUAUUUGGAAUAUCGACAACAACACUCACGGGCGUCUCACAACACCUUCAUCAGUGAGGAUGUCGCGCUGGGUGCCCACGAAGAAGGAGAAGUAUGGAGUAGCAAUCUAUAACUAUGAUGCUCGCAGUGAUGAAGAGCUGUCCUUACAGAUCGGAGACACUGUACACAUUCUGGAGACUUACGAAGGAUGGUAUCGAGGGUAUCGGCUGAGGAGAAAAUCGAAGAAGGGCGUGUUUCCGGCUUGUUACAUAAAUCUGAAGGAGGCCACGGUUGAAGGCAAUGGACAAAAGGAGACGGUCAUUCCUACUGAGAUUCCGCUCAUUCAUGAGGUCACGACUACAUUGCGAGAAUGGGCGGCAAUAUGGAGGGACCUAUAUGUGGGCGACAAGCGUGAGAUGUUCAACACGGUCCAAGACAUGAUCUACGACUUGAUCGAAUGGCGCUCCCAGAUCCUGUCCGGCACGCUCCCGCAGGACGAGCUGUCCGAGCUCAAACAGAAAGUCACUUCUAAGAUGGACUACGGGAACAAGUAUUUAGAUCUGGAUCUGGUGGUGAGAGAUAAAGACGGGAAUAUUCUGGAUCCUGACCUGACCAGCACUGUCAAUCUGUUCCGAGCACAUGAAACCGCAUCCAAGCAGAUUGAAGCUCGCAUCCAAGAGGAGAAGUCUCAGAAGCAGAACAUGGAUUUGAGCCGGCAGGCCAAGUUUGCCUCCACACCCUCGUUCGCCCUGUUCGUCACACUCAAGAAUGUCGUGUGCAAAAUCGGAGAAGAUGCAGAAGUGCUGAUGUCGCUAUACGAUCCGAUUGAGUCCAAGUUUAUCAGUGAAAACUAUCUUGUGCGCUGGUCCAGUUCAGGUUUGGCUAAAGACAUCGAUCAGCUCCAUAACCUGCGUGCCGUAUUCACUGAUCUGGGGAGCGAAGACCUGAAGAGGGAGAAAAUCAGUUUUGUUUGUCAGAUCGUUCGAGUGGGCCGGAUGGAGCUCAGAGAUAACAACACUAAGAAACUAACGUCCGGCCUCCGCAGACCCUUCGGUGUGGCAGUAAUGGACGUCACAGGCAUCAUCACGGGCAAGAUGGACGACGAGGACAAGCAGCACUUCAUACCCUUCCAGCCGCUAGCGUUGGAUGACGCCAUUCGCCACAGGCAGCUGAACAUCUCCCGUUUUUCACCCAGGGUGGCGGGCGAGAACGACUUCCUCCAGACCGUCAUCAACAAGGUCAUCGCUGCCAAAGAGGUCAAUCACAAAGGUCAAGGUUUGUGGGUCACACUGAAGUUGCUUCCAGGUGAUAUUCAUCAGAUCCGGAAAGAUUUCCCUCACCUGGUGGACCGUUCCACCGCCGUCGCUCGCAAGAUGGGCUUCCCAGAAAUCAUCAUGCCAGGUGAUGUUCGGAAUGACAUUUACGUGACGCUGGUUCAGGGGGAUUUUGAUAAAGGAAGUAAGACAACACCUAAAAACGUGGAGGUCAGCAUGUCUGUACAUGAUGAAGAUGGAAAGAAACUCGAGAACGUGAUAUUUCCUGGAGCUGGUGAUGAAGGUAUUCUGGAGUACAAAUCGGUCAUUUACUACCAGGUCAAACAGCCUCGCUGGUUUGAAACCAUCAAGGUUGCGAUCCCGAUUGAAGACGUCAACAGGAGUCACCUGCGGUUCACCUUUAAGCACCGAUCGUCUCAGGACUGCAAGGAUAAAUCGGAGAAGAACUUUGCUCUGACAUUUGUGAAGCUGAUGAGGUACGACGGCACGACGCUGAGGGAUGGAGAACACGAUCUCAUCGUCUAUAAGGCCGAAGCCAAGAAACUGGAGGACUCCACCAUGUACCUGAGCUUGGCCUCCACCAAACCAGAGAUGGAGGAAAGAAAUCCGUCGUCCGGGAAGAACACGCAGAAUCUCGGCAGCUUCUCCAUCAGCAAAGACUCGUUUCAGAUCUCGACGCUUGUUUGCUCCACCAAACUCACGCAGAACGGUGAGACACGUCCACUUGCAUCAUUUCCCAAUCCCAUCGUGUCCUCUCGUUCCUCUGUUCUUCUGUCAGUAAAAGUGGCCGCAAAAAGAAUAAAUAGGGCUGACAAACCAAGGUUUGUGUCAAUCUCUGUCUAUGACGGCUCUUCAAAACACAGCCCUGGAAGAAUCUUCUCUCACCAGGUUACGUCAUUUCACUUUGGUUUGUUUUCAAGUGAUUGCUGGAAUGCCUCGUUUCAGGUUAAAGAGUCACUCGCUCCUGUUGCCAUGACUAUCACUAUGGGAGCCGCUCAGGCGGUCUUCAUAAUCGGACUGAUCGCAGACAGGAAGUUCCAUCAUUUCAAUCCUGUACUGGAGACUUACAUCCGCAAGCACUUCAGCGCCACCCUCGCCUACACAAAGCUGACAAAAGUCCUGAAGAACUACGUGGAUAAUGCGGAGAAGCUGACGGAGCAGCUGCUGAAAGCUCUGAAGGCUUUGGAGUACAUCUUCAAGUUCAUCGUGAGAUCCCGCGUUCUCUUCAACCAGUAUGUUCUUCCUUCACAUUCAGAUCUCUCAUGUUUUGUUGUAUUCAUCUCACAGCUGAGCUUUAAGCACAUCAUGUGCUUAAGUUCUGCUUGUAGUCUGAACCAGGGAAGGUUAGGUGAGGUCACCAAGAUCAACAUCCUUGGUGCUGCACUGAAAUACGUCCCGACUAUCGUCAAUGAUCUGAAACUGGUCUUUGAUCCAAAGGAGCUCAGUAAGCUGUUCAGUGAGUUUAUUCUCAAAGUUCCUCUGGGGCGUCUGGUGAAGCAGAAGUUGAACUGCAUGAUUGACAUCGUCCACAGCGACCUGUUUACUCAGCAUGACUGCAGAGAGAUCCUGUUGCCUUUGAUGACGGAGCAGCUCAAACUUCACCUGGAGAAUCAUGAAGAGCUGGACUCCUGCUGUCAGCUGCUCAGCAACAUCCUGGAGGUGCUUUACAGGAAGGAUGUGGGCCCGACGCAGUGGCACGUUCAGAUCAUAAUGGAGAAGCUGCUGAGGACGGUAAACAGGACUGUGAUCUCCAUGGGCCGAGAUUCUGCUCUCAUAGGCAGUUUUGUGGCAUGUAUGACCGGCACUCUGCGGCAGAUGGACGACUAUCACUACACCCACCUCAUCAGCACCUUUGGGAAGAUGCGCACUGACGUGGUGGAUUUCCUCAUGGAGACGUUCAUCAUGUUUAAGGAUCUCAUUGGGAAGAACGUCUAUCCUGCCGACUGGGUCAUAAUGAACAUGAUGCAAAAUAAAGUCUUCCUGCGAGCCAUCAAUCAGUACGCCGCCGUGCUCAGCAAGAAGUUUCUUGAUCAAACCAACUUUGAGCUGCAGCUGUGGAAUAACUACUUCCACCUCGCUGUGGCAUUCCUUACCCAGGAGUCUUUGCAGCUGGAGAACUUUUCGAGUGACAAACGGGCCAAGAUCUUCCACAAGUAUCAAGACAUGAGGCGACAGAUUGGCUUCGAGAUCCGAGACAUGUGGUACAACCUGGGUCCACACAAAAUCAGGUUUAUCCCUGAGAUGGUGGGUCCGAUUCUGGAGAUGACGCUGGUUCCUGAGAUCGAGCUGCGUAAAGCUACCAUUCCCAUCUUCUUUGACAUGAUGCAGUGCGAGUUUCACUUCAGACGCUGCUUCCAGAUGUUUGAGAACGAGAUCAUCACCAAGCUGGAUCAUGAGGUGGAAGGCGGCCGAGGAGACGAACAGUACAAAAUCCUCUUCCAGAAGAUUCUGUUGGAGCACUGCAGGAAGCACAAGUAUCUGGCUAAGACUGGCGAAAUCUUCGUAACUCUGGUGGUCCGUCUGUUGGAGAGACUUCUGGACUACAGGACCAUCAUGCAUGACGAGAACAAGGAGAACCGCAUGAGCUGCACAGUUAACGUGCUGAAUUUCUACAAGGAGAUAGAGAGAGAAGAGAUGUACAUCAGGUACCUGUAUAAGCUGUGUGACCUGCAUAAGGAGUGUGAUAACUACACCGAGGCCGGAUACACCCUACUGCUGCACGCUAAACUCCUCAAGUGGUCUGAAGAGGCCUGUGCCGCCCACCUGACGCAGAGAGACGGUUACCAGGCCACCACUCAGUGUCAACUCAAAGACCAGCUGUACCAAGAGAUCAUCAAUUACUUCGACAAGGGCAAGAGGAAGCAGGCUCAGUUUUAUGAGAACAUCGUGAAAGUGAUCAGACCAAAGCCGGACUACUUCGCUGUAGGUUAUUAUGGGCUGGGCUUCCCCUCGUUCCUGCGGAAUAAGAUGUUCAUCUAUCGGGGGAAGGAGUAUGAGCGACGGGAGGACUUUGAGGCCAGACUGCUCACUCAGUUCCCCAACGCUGAGAAGAUGAAGACCACGACCCCUCCCAGCGAGGACAUCAGGAGCUCCUCUGGACAGUACAUUCAGUGUUUCACAGUGAAGCCCAUCCUAGAGCUGCCACCAAAGUUCCAGAACAAACCCGUAUCAGAGCAGAUCGUCAGCUUUUACACCGUGAAUGAAGUCCAGAAAUUCCAGUAUUCACGGCCGGUCCGGAAGGGAGAGAAAGAUCCGGACAAUGAGUUCGCUAACAUGUGGAUUGAAAGGACGACUUUUGCAACCGCCUAUAAGCUGCCGGGCAUCCUGCGCUGGUUUGAAGUGGUGUCCGUCUCAGCGGAGGAAAUAAGUCCACUGGAAAAUGCUAUGGAGACAAUGCAACUGACCAAUGAGAAAAUCAACAACAUGGUCCAGCGCCACUUAAACGACCCCAGCCUUCCCAUCAACCCCCUUUCUAUGCUCCUCAACGGCAUCGUGGACCCAGCUGUCAUGGGCGGCUUCACUAAUUAUGAGAAGGCGUUUUUCACUGAGAAAUACAUCCAUGAACAUCCAAAUGACAAGGAGAAGAUUGAAAAGCUAAAGGAUCUGAUUGCCUGGCAGAUCCCGAACCUGGCUGAAGGAGUCCGCAUCCAUGGCCAGAAGGUGACGGAGGCUCUUCGUCCGUUUCACGAGCGUUUGGAGGCGUGUUUCAAACAGCUCAAAGAGAAGGUGGAGAAGCAGUACGGCAUCAGAACACUACCUCCCACGUCGGACGAGCGGCGGGGCAGUCGACCACGUUCAAUGGUUCGAUCCUUCACCAUGCCGUCAUCUCAGAGGCCGCUGUCUGUCGCAUCUGUGACCUCCAUACCAUCAGAAAACUCUCCCUCCAGACCGGGAUCAGACGGAUUUGCCUUGGAGCCUCUCUUACCAAAGAAGCUGCACUCUAAGUCUCAGGAUAAACUGGAUCGAGACGAACCUGAGAAAGACAGGAAGGAGAAGAAGAAAGAGAAGAGGAACAGUAAACACCAGGAGCUGUUUGAUAAGGAGCUGAAGACGGCUGAGAUCCCGCUGCAGCCCAGCGAGGCGGUCAUUCUGUCAGAGACGAUCAGUCCGUUGAGGCCCCAGAGGCCCAAGAGUCAAGUGAUCAGCUUGCUGGGCGAGAAAAGGCUCUCGGUGUCUCCGGGAGCCCCUGCCAACCCGUCUGCGCCCAGCAUCCCACCUCCCAUCACGCCCCGGGCCAAACUGCAGUUCAGCUUACUGUCUGGAUCCAAUCUGGAACUGAAUGGGACGGGUUAUGGAGAUAAGGGCGAAACUCCGCCCCCACUUCCUGUCAAGAGCAGCAUGGGCGACUACGGAAACCUGAUGGACAACUCAGACCUGGCCAGUCCGACCACGCCCCCUCCUCCACUGCCACACCAGCGGCACCUUCCGCCUCCGUUACCCAGCAAGACCCCUCCUCCUCCCCCUCCAAAGACCACUCGAAAGCAGACCUCCAUUGAUUCGGGAAUCGUCCAAUAAGCGAGAAGACGGCAUCGUCAAACAGAGACAUCCGCAUCGGCCCUCUUCCAAUGAUUUAACGUCAACAUCCCUGACAGUAUGGCAUGAUGAAUACCUCACCUCAGCCCCACUCAUAACUGAUUAUUGUCCACUGCGAGACCACCACUCUGAGCCUCCACCCCACUGACAAUACAAGCUCGGAGACGCAGUGCAUUUCACAUCACUCCAGGCGUCAGACCACAGCACAUAUAAAUGCAGUGUAACUGGAGUCAGGGUAUUCUGGGUAUUUUUGGCAGAUGAUGCAUGUUUAACUAAAGCUCCACUUGAGAUGAAUUGAGGGUUUUCUCUCUUUAGGCAGGAAGACACUUAUUAUGCACAUUAUCAUUGAGACACGUGACCAAUUCAAACCAUUUUGGUGUUGCAUAAUCAAAGUUUUCUUUUUCUCUCAUUUUUACAUGAUAUUUUUAUCCUCAAUAU